AGAGAGAGGGAAGACAAGAAUGAAAUUCAAAGGAGAUUCCAUGUCUGGUGUUAUGGAGUUAUCUGUUGAUUGGAGAGGCAGACCCUGCAAGGCUAACAAGCAUGGUGGAAUGACUGCUGCUGUAUUCGUCCUUGGUCUUCAAGCAUUCGAGAUGAUGGCAAUUGCUGCUGUUGGGAACAAUCUAAUAACUUAUGUUUUCAAUGAGAUGCAUUUUCCUUUAUCCAAGUCUGCCAACAUAGUCACCAACUUCAUAGGCACUGUGUUCCUCCUCUCACUAGUUGGUGGGUUCCUCUCAGAUUCGUAUCUUGGGAGCUUCUGGACCAUGUUAAUUUUUGGAUUUGUGGAGCUCUCUGGUUUUAUAUUACUUUGUAUUCAAGCACAUCUUCCACAACUGAGGCCGCCCCAUUGUGAUAUGGUCUCUGAUGGAGAAAAUUGUCUGGAGGCAAAGGGCUCUAAGGCCUUGAUAUUCUUUCUUGCACUCUACGUGGUGGCUUUAGGAAGUGGAUGCCUCAAACCCAACAUCGUAUCUCUUGGUGCUGACCAGUUCAGAAGGGGAGACACGGAGCAAUCCAGGAGGCUCUCAACUUACUUCAAUAUUGCAUACUUUGCUUUUUGCAUGGGAGAGCUAAUUGCACUCACUCUUCUCGUUUGGGUCCAAACUCAUUCCGGAAUGGAUGUUGGAUUUGGCGUCUCAGCUGCUGCUAUGGCAAUGGGAAUGAUCAGCUUGAUUUCGGGUACGCUUCUUUAUAGAAACAAGCCACCAAGAGGAAGUAUCUUCACUCCAAUUGCUCAGGUUUUUGUGGCUGCAAUAACAAAAAGAAAGCAAAUCUGCCCUUCAAAUGUACAGAUGCUCCAUGGAAGCCAAAACCAGGUUCCUGCUACGUCGGCCAAUGUCAGCAACCUUCUUCAUACUGAAAAGUUCAGAUUCCUUGACAAGGCAUGUAUCAAAAUCCAGGAUGGAGAAAAAGAGAGUCCAUGGAGACUAUGCACCGUGACCCAAGUGGAGCAAGUGAAGAUAAUCAUCUCGGUUGUUCCUAUAUUUGCCUGCACCAUAAUUUUCAACACCAUUUUGGCGCAGCUCCAAACAUUUUCAGUCCAACAAGGGAGCGCUAUGAAUACCCAGAUUGCCAAAGGCUUCAAAAUUCCACCAGCUUCCCUGCAAUCUAUUCCUUACAUCAUGCUUAUUUUUGUUGUCCCACUAUAUGAAACAGUCUUCGUGCCAGUUGCUAGAAAAGUCACUGGAAGGAGUUCUGGAAUCACUCCUUUACAAAGGGUUGGGAUUGGGCUAUUUAUCGCAACAUUCUCAAUGGUUGCAGCUGCCCUGGUGGAGAAAAAAAGAAGAAUCUCCGACGAAACUGUGUCCAUCUUUUGGAUUGCUCCGCAAUUUCUUAUCUUUGGGCUAUCAGAAAUGUUCACCGCAGUAGGUCUCAUAGAAUUCUUCUAUAAACAGUCCUUGGAGGGGAUGCAAUCAUUUUUAACGGCCAUGACUUACUGCUCCUACUCCUUUGGGUUCUAUCUUAGCUCCAUACUUGUUUCCCUUGUGAACAGAAUUACAUCCGCUUCCUCUCACAGUGGCUGGCUCAGUGACAAUGACCUCAACAAGGAUAGGCUGGACUUUUUCUAUUGGAUGUUAGCUGGCCUUAGCCUCGUCAACUUUUUCAAUUAUCUUUUCUGGUCUUCAUAUUAUUCUGACAACCCAUCUCUGUCACCACCUCGGCAAAAUGAUGAGUCUCCAGAACAAGACCUCGAAAACCGAGGCAGGGAAACUUUGAAGCAUAUGAAUGGAUGCAGCUGGAAGUAGCCGUGUACCUUAGAAUAAGAUUGUCCUUGUACUAAUUUUGUUUCUAGGUUACGUAUCUGUUUCUCGUGCAUUAAACAAAAUCAAACCCCAUUUGAUUACUAAAAUAUAGUCUUAGACUCAACUAAACUAAUGCACCUAUCUUGUACAUAUGCUAGCUACUGAGUGUUUAACUGAUGCUCACUUUUCUCCCCAGAGAUGUAACAUAAGCUCAAGACUGAUCCCAUUGACCAA